GUCUGAGCAAGAAUUAUGUUUUAAACAAGAUGGAGGUGGUUGUGCUGUUUUCAGUGAUACUUGCCUGUCUCUGCUUGGAUCCACUAGCAGCACGGUCCAUUUGGAUGUUUCCAUCUGGUACGAUAACAGUUACCAGUGGAACGUCACAAAGCCUUGAAUGUCAGGUGAAAGGAGGUAACCCACUUGUUACACUGACCUGGCGGUGUAAAGGGUCGGAAGUGGUCGGAGUGAAUCUGAGCAAGGACAGUUUGUCAGCGUCUAGGCUAAUCGUUCCAGUGGAUCAAACCUACAAUGGAAAAGAAUGUGUAUGUACCGCUACAAAUUCUACAACAACGAUCGGGGAAAAGACUGUAGUGUUUGAUGUGAUAUAUCCACCACUAGCAACAAACAUCUAUUUGCUUCCAUCUGGUACGGAAACAGUUACCAAUGGAACGACACAACGCCUUGAAUGUCAGUUGAAGGGAGGUAACCCUCUGGCCACACUGACCUGGCGGUGUAAAGAGUCACCAAGGAUCGGUGUGAAUUUGACCACCAGCAAUUUAUCAGCGUCAAGACUGACAUUUACAGUGGAUGAAACCUACCAUGGACAGCAGUGCGUUUGUACCGCUACAUAUUCUAAAACAACAAUUGGGACAAAGACUGUCGUAUUUAACGUGCUAUAUGCUCCUGUCAUCAACCUAAAUACCUCUAAAGUCAUCCUCAGUGAAGGUGAGAGUUUUAACAGGACGUGUUCAGCUCACGGUAAUCCUUCUCCAAACGUGUCCUGGGUUCAGGAUUUUACUACGUUACCGUCAACAGGGGUCCUUUUUUUCUCCAGGAUAGAGAAAGGGGACGCCGGUAUCUAUGUAUGCCUUGCUGAAAACGGCAUUACCUCACAAACACGAACGAAAUCUUUCCGGAUCAUCGUACAAUAUGCACCCGAAGUUGACUUGGCAUUUACAAACAUGACAGAAAAUACUACGAACGCCAGUCUGAAUUGUACUGCUAGGGGCGUUCCUUCCGUGUACAAGUUCAGGUGGAUACACAAGAUUGGAUCUACAGUCGUCAGAGAUUUAGAUGACCACGUGAUCAAUUCAGAGUCAGUAAGUACACUGACUUUACCAAGAGUGAGCUAUCAGGACAUGGGGACAUACAUCUGUGAAGUGGAGAACGGAAUCAAAGGGAGUAAUGGUCAGAUUGUACAGACAAAACAGGGAAUCAUAUUUGUGGAAG